ACCAAGAUGGCGGUGAAUCAGAACCACACAGAGGACCGCCGUGGGGCCACCAUCCCUCGUGGCGAAAGUCUCCUAAAGAAGUCUUCAGGUGUGGACCUCUCCUUCCCCCAGCCACCGCCAGGCUCCAGCUUCUUCAGUGGUACAAAGAGGGGUGCGCUGUUUCUCACCUCAUAUCGGGUGAUUUUUGUGACUUCACGUUCAGACAAUGAUCCCAUGCUGUCUUUUAUGAUGCCAUUUCAUCUAAUGACUAACUGCACUGUUGAACAACCAAUCUUUGGUGCAAACUACAUUAAAGGGACAAUUCAGGCCGCUCCAGAUGGUGGCUGGGAAGGAUCAGCUACUUUUAAAUUGGCCUUUAGGAAAGGAGGUGCCAUCGAGUUUGCCCAGCUGCUGGCCAAAGCUGCCUCCGCUGCUGCCUAUGGAGUUCCACCUGCAGGACACGGAGCCCCACCUCCCAGAUAUGAUGUCCUGCCUCCUGGAUAUGCAGCUAGGAUGUAUGGAUCCCCUCCUCCUCUAUAUGGAGCUACUCCUGUGGACUAUGGAGUCCUGCCUCCUGGAUAUGGAGUCCUACCUCCCAGCUACGGAAGUACAGCUGUGAUGUCUAGUUCCCCACCUCCCAGAUAUGAAGCCCCACCUAUGGGUUCUGAGACUUUGCCACCUGCUCAGUCAGAAGCAGGGCAUCCCAUUCCUGUGGCAGCCCAGACUCCUGGAUUCCAGGCAUCUUUUCCCUCUACCUCAUCUUCACAAGCUCAUUCUCCCCGCCUCUAAGAUGUAAACCUUGAAGUUUCACCAAGCAAAACCACACACUAGCAUUGAAGUCAAGAAAGAACGUUUAGGUAUA